CCAAAAAAGCCCGUCACACAAUGAAGCACCGAGAGCUGUUCGAAAGAAUCAAACCCUUGAUGAGAGAGAGAGAGAGAGAGAGAGAGAGAGCUGUUCAUAACCCUGGACUGAGAGGGAAAAAGCCGGAGAGUACGGCUGCUUAAAGCCCUUAACCGCGGAGAGCAGGGGGGAGAGAGAGAGGAGUUGGGAGCCAAUGGAAGCUGGUACAACACAGAGAAGGGUAAUCCCAGAGCGAGUUACCGGAGCAGUGGAGAGAACAUUACAGAACGUAGAAGAGCUUACACCUCAGUUCCUCGAGUUCUUGUCUCUCUCCGACCCAGCAGUUCUCGCCGAACUGCCGCCUCUCCAACGUGCUGAAUGUCUCCUCGUGCUUGCGAGAGCCACUUCAACGCUCUUCACAUCGAGGCUGAAAUGCAGUGGUGUUCACCCUGACUCGCAUCCCGUGAAAUCAGAACUUGAGAGAUUAAGCUUGUAUCAAGACAAACUAGAGCGGUUCAUUGAUUUGAGUAAAGCUCCUUUGCGACCUUCUGCUACCUUAAAUUAUCAGGCAGCAGCCCGUUUCAUUCAGCAUUCUUUGCCUGAUCUUACUCCGGGGCAAAAGCAGAGUAUGAAGGAUAUCAGCAGUGGAGAGGGAUCAAAAUUUAAAUAUUUGGAGAAGAGUGCUAAAAAGAAGAGAAAAUAUCAGUCAUCUGAGAAACAAUCUGUUAAAACUGCUGCCAAGGAUUUUCUAGAAAAAGCAGCCCGGGAACUUCUCAGAGAUAAUAGAAGUGGUUUUAAGGGACCACUUCAGCCAGAGAAUUCAGAUGAAGAUGACUUGCCUGUGAGCUGAUUAUCUACUCUAUGCUGGAUCAGAGAUUCAGAGUGCCAGAUUGCUAGUACAAGAGUGUUCAUAGUGUGCAUUCUUUCUGUUCUGCCCUUGCGGAUCACCAUACUGAUGUGCCAGUUUUUUCUGCAAUGUAUAUCACAAAAUUUUCCCUAAUAAUUUUAGAUUAUGUAAUAUACUAGGUCAGUUGUGUUCCUAGACAUUUUAUGGAGGUGCAAUUUCAAGCAUCCGUGAUUUUGAUUGUUCGUCAUUGUCAUCCCAGAAAUAUUUGUAUUUAUUUCUGCAAUGUUUUAUUGGGAAUGGACUAUGAUAACUUAAAACCA